ACGGCAGGCGUCUGCGUCCUCCCGCAGCCGGCGGUCGGGAAUUGCACCAGGGACCUGACAAGGGCACUGCAGAGCCAUGCCUUUCCUUGACAUACAGAAAAAGCUGGGCAUCAGCCUGGACCGGCACUUUAUGUUCCUAAGCGCAGAACAGCCCUAUAAGAACGCCGCUCGGUGCCACGCAUUUGAAAAAGAGUGGAUAGAGUGUGCACACGGGAUCGGUGGGACCCGGGCGAAAAAGGAGUGCAAGAUAGAGUUCGAUGACUUCGAAGAGUGCUUGCUUCGGUACAAAACGAUGAGGCGAAUGCAUGAUAUCAAGAAACAGCGGGAGAAGCUAAUGAAAGAGGGCAAAUACACCCCUCCACCUCACCAUUCGGGCAGGGAGGAGCCCAGGCCCUGAGCGGGGCAGCUGGAGGCCGCUGUCAUGCUCUGUUUUCCCCUGGAGAGAAUAUUUAAGGAAAGCUCCUUCAUUAAGUAUUAAGUAUGUGGAAAUAAAGAAUUACUCAGUCUUA